AUGAAUUCAUCGCUACCAACGUGCCCUGCCACUUCCACUCUUGACGUCAAUGAUCCUGAAAGUGCAGAGCUCGCUGGGGCAGAUUGCCAACAGUUUUCGCCAAAGGACUGUAGCACAUCAUUUCUCAGCAACUCGAGCUUAUGCCCAGUACCUGAAUCAGCCGUUGAUCCUUAUAUGCAGUAUCAGUUUGCCGCUGGAGCUCAAAUGGCUUAUUUCAAUAAGGACUCCAUUUCAAUUCCAGAUUCUUUCAUGAAGGUUACACAAAACGGCAAAAAUUGUAGUGUUCUUCGUACCCAGCAACAUCGGCGGAAACCCCGUGUGCUGUUCACACAACGUCAAGUGAACGAGCUGGAAGAACGUUUCAAAAGGCAGCGCUAUGUGACUGCUGGUGAAAGGGAAGAACUGGCUAAUCGCCUUGGUUUGAGCGCCACUCAGAUAAAAAUUUGGUUCCAAAACCGUCGCUACAAAUGCAAACGCCUUGCACAGGAUCGAACGUUACAACUCAGUCAACUGCCAUUUACUCCAAUAAAAAUUUGGUUCCAAAACCGUCGCUACAAAUGCAAACGCCUUGCACAGGAUCGAACGUUACAACUCAGUCAACUGCCAUUUACUCCACUGUUCACACCUGGAAUGCCGUUCACCUUUGGCUGCUUCACUAAGGAAUGA